GGUCACAGCGGUGUCAACCAAUUAGGAGGGGUCUUCGUGAACGGCAGGCCACUCCCAGAUUCGACCCGCCAACGAAUAGUAGAACUCGCUCACAGCGGUGCCCGCCCUUGCGACAUAUCUCGAAUUCUUCAAGUCUCUAACGGCUGCGUGAGUAAAAUAUUAGGACGGUAUUACGAGACGGGGUCCAUACGACCGCGGGCUAUUGGGGGGAGCAAGCCCCGGGUAGCUACCCCCGAAGUGGUGAAUAAGAUUGCUCAGUACAAGAGGGAGUGCCCUUCGAUAUUUGCCUGGGAGAUCAGGGAUCGCCUGCUCUCCGAAUGCCUCUGUACGCAAGAAAAUAUCCCGAGUGUGAAAAAAAAAAACAAUUGGCUAUCAAAUACGCAACUAACAAACAAACAAAUCACAAACCAGACCACAUACCUACAGCUAGCUACAAAAAAAAAAUUAACUUUAGCACAAAACAACAACAAACAAACACCUACACACAACCUACCACACACACAGACAGAUAGACACACACAGGCAAACAGACACACAGACACACACACACACACAGAUGCCCUGACUAGCAAUGAAAGUUGCGACAGCAGUCCAAGAGCCAACGAGACAGACGAGCAGAUGAGAAUGCGAUUGAAGAGGAAACUUCAGAGGAAUAGGACGUCAUUCACCACACAACAAAUUGAAGAUUUAGAAAAAGAAUUCGAAAAGACUCACUACCCAGACGUCUUCGCGCGAGAAAGAUUGGCUCAAAAACUCGAUCUCCCUGAAGCUAGGAUACAGGUCUGGUUUUCAAACCGACGAGCAAAAUGGCGUCGAGAAGAGAAACUUCGAAAUCAGAGGAGAGAUUGGGGGAGGGGAAGUAAUUCUUUCAAUCCAUCAAUGUAUUCAUCCAUUCAUCAGCCACUACCGACAAUGCCUGAGACCUACCGCUACCCUGAUUGCAUGCCUCCAUCCUAUUCAAUCACAUCCAACUUGGUUCAAAACCCAACUUGCCUACAACACGUCAACCCCGUCCCAACGUACCCAUACGUUGGUCAGUCUCGGGGUUACGAACAUUUGACCUUGACCGGCUACUCGAGGUCAUCCUGCAAUUCGAACAUUCACCCGCCACCACCCUCCAAUGCACCGGUUUUUUUUAUUUGUUUAAUAUCCCCCGGAGUAUCAGUGCCCCUCCAGGUGCCAGGGACCGCACCCCACUUCCACGACCUCAACUCCUCCAUGGUCUCCAUGACUAGCCAGUAUUGGCCUCGUCUAUGA